AUGAGUGGUAAUGCCUAUGCUCUUCCUGGAAGGAAGAACUGGUACGAUCUUGAUGGCUCGUGGAAUACUAGCUUUCCUUUUGGAUGGGAGGAUCCUGCGGACGGGUUUCGGGGCCAUGUAUUUAUAUCUUCCGAUAACUCCACCAUCAUCUUGUCCAUCAAGGGAACUACGGUACAAGGGCCCUCAUCGAAGAAGGAUAAAUUCAAUGACAACCUGCUGUUCUCGUGCUGUUGUGCUCGAGUGGAUAUCUCUUGGGUGUUUCGUACUGUCUGUGAUUGCUAUGCGAAGAACUGGCGAUGUGAUAAUACCUGUCUUUCAGAAGCACUAAUCCAAGACAGUUUAUUCUAUUCUGUUGGUGUCAAUCUUGUAGAAGAUCUACUUUUCAUAUACCCCACAGCCAACAUAUGGCUUGUGGGGCAUUCGCUGGGAGGUGCCUUAGCUAGCCUUUUAGGCUCCACGUUUGGUCUACCGGCUGUUGCCUUUGAAGCACCGGGCGAACGACUAGCCGCUAAACGUUUACACCUUCCUCUGCCUCCACCUCUUCUUAACGGGUCAGCUUCUCCGGUUCCGAUAACACACGCUGGUUAUGCCCUUGAGACUAGAUGUCAUCUCGGGAAGAGUAUUGUAUUCGAUACGGUGAACGUACUAGGGUGGAAGGUAGACGUUAGGAAACAUGUCAUUAAGGAUGUCAUUACCAAAGUCCUGGAAGCGGAUGUUAUUGACUGGGAAGAUGGUCAGAAUGUUCCUCUUCCACGAGAGGAAGAAGACUGCGUGGAUUGUUUCAAGUGGGAGUUUGGCGAGUACAAGGGUGAUCGGUAA